AUGGCUACCUCAUCCUCAUCGAGCAAUACUACUGAGUUCAUAACCAUUAUCGAACACAUAAGUCCGAUACUAGCCACCGCAGUGGCUGAGAGACUAUUGCCUAAUCUCAGAGAAGAGAUGGCGUGCAUGAUACCUGGAAUCGUGUCUCAAACACUUUUUCAACGAGGGGUUGUUGAUAAGCAUAAGAACGACAGCAAAGGCAACAAAACAACCGGAGCAUACUUGCAGGCCACUACCGAUACUAGAAUGCCACCAUCACAGCAAUAUCUGCAGGAACCGUUACCUCGCCCUCUACCACAACCUCCCCUGGAAUUACAGCACCAGAGUCAAGCGAUUGCCAUCACAGCAACUCCAGAUAGGCGAGUUUCGGACGAGGAGAUGUUUAAGAGGUUUCGCGAGUAUAAAAUACGUGAAGGCAGAGCACAGACCGGAGAGGUAAUGAAUGCGGGUGUAGCGAUUACUGUUACAUUGAAACCAGACGGUUCGCACUUUGGGGUACAGGAUGAAGCGGCUGUCGACUGGAGCGGCAAGGAUUCAGACAUAUCUGGGAUGAGUUUAAGUGGUCAUAGAGUAGACAAGAACAAUGAUGAGAGCGGACGGAUUAGAAAGAAGGAAGGAUAG